UUUCUCAUCUCGUCCCUUUCCUCUCUCUGUCACUGUCUGAACCGUAACACUGUGUCUCUCUCUCUCUGAGGUUCCAGUUGGAUUUUUGUGAUCAAAACGAAUCGUUUUACUCUCAGCUCACAGUUUUGAGCUGCAGAACUCGAGUCGAGAUUUUCAGCGGAGCUAUCAGCUGGAAGUCUCUGGAAUGGGAGUUUUCAGAUCCAAAAUCAAAUAUUUAAGGGAAAUUUGAAUUAUAAAAUCGGGCUUAAAGUUAUUAUUCGUAUUUAAAUCAUUUAAUUUUUUAUUGUUGAAACCAUGGCUAUUGGGAUAAUGAGCUCUCUUUUAGCAAAAUCAGGGACGAUUUUAGCCUCUGAUCACAGCUCAGUAGUUUCAAUGAACUUAUUCGUGGCGCUUCUUUGCGCGUGUAUUGUGAUCGGUCAUUUGCUAGAGGAAAGCCGAUGGAUGAACGAGUCCAUUACUGCCCUUGCCAUAGGGCUGUGCACUGGAAUUGUAAUUUUGCUUACAACAGGAGGAAAAAGCUCUCAUCUUUUAGUUUUCAGUGAAGAUUUGUUCUUUAUUUAUUUGCUUCCACCUAUUAUUUUUAAUGCGGGAUUCCAGGUGAAGAAGAAGCAAUUUUUCCGCAACUUUAUGACUAUCAUGCUGUUUGGUGCAGUUGGUACUUUAAUAUCCUUUGGCAUCAUAUCUUUAGGUGCCAUACAAUUUUUCAAGAAAAUGAAUAUUGGUACUCUCCAGAUAGGGGAUUAUCUUGCAAUUGGGGCAAUAUUUUCUGCAACAGAUUCUGUUUGCACUUUGCAAGUGCUUAAUCAGGAUGAGACACCGUUAUUGUACAGUCUGGUUUUUGGGGAGGGAGUUGUCAAUGAUGCCACAUCGGUGGUUCUUUUCAAUGCAAUCCAGAGCUUUGACCUUUCUCACAUCAACUCUACCAUUGCUUUGCAAUUUGUUGGAAACUUUUUGUAUCUGUUUAUUUUGAGUACUUUGCUGGGGGUUCUGGCUGGACUGCUUAGUGCUUACAUUAUUAAAAAGCUCUAUUUUGGAAGGCACUCUACUGAUCGUGAGGUUGCUCUUAUGAUGCUCAUGGCUUACCUCUCAUAUAUGCUGGCUGAGCUUUUCUAUUUAAGUGCGAUUCUCACUGUAUUCUUUUGUGGGAUUGUUAUGUCUCAUUACACAUGGCAUAAUGUCACUGAAAGUUCAAGAGUGACAACCAAGCACGCUUUUGCCACUCUGUCAUUUGUUGCUGAGAUCUUUAUCUUCCUCUAUGUUGGUAUGGAUGCUUUGGACAUUGAGAAGUGGAGAGUUGUAAUAAGAGAUAGCCCUGGAAAAUCAGUUGGCGUGAGUGCAAUUCUCUUGGGCUUGAUUCUUGUUGGAAGGGCAGCCUUUGUUUUCCCCUUAUCCUUCAUAUCCAACUUGACUAAGAAAGCAUCAUAUGAGAAAAUUGGCUUCAAACAGCAAGUUACAAUUUGGUGGGCUGGUCUUAUGCGUGGUGCUGUUUCAAUGGCACUUGCUUAUAAUCAGUUCACCAGCUUAGGUCAUACUCAGUUGCGAGGGAAUGCAAUGAUGAUAACCAGCACAAUCACAGUUGUUCUUUUCAGCACAGUGGUUUUCGGAUUGAUGACUAAACCGCUAGUGAGAAUCUUGCUUCCUUCACCAAAACAACUCAUGAGAAUGAUCUCUUCUGAACCAUCUACUCCUAAGUCAUUCAUUGUGCCACUUCUUGGCAAUGGGCACGAAACAGAGGGUGACCAAAGCAACCGAAAUGUAACCCGGCCAACAAGCUUAAGAAUGCUCUUGAGCACUCCUUCCCACACCGUGCACUAUUAUUGGAGAAAAUUUGACGAUGCCUUCAUGCGACCUGUGUUUGGUGGAAGAGGUUUCGUACCCUUUGUUCCCGGAUCGCCCACCGAACAAAAUGGUCAUCAAUGGCAAUGAGAAGGAACUGAAGUAGCAGCAACGAUAUAGUAGCAGUACUAAACAUUAGUAACGCAUGGAAAUUGUAGGUAGGGCAUGAAGCGGGCUUUCAGUGUGAAGUUUGUUAAUAGUAUAAAAGAGAGGGAAUUGAGGUUGAUUAUAACAGCAAUUUUGUCCAGCUUUAGCUGCUUCUUAUUUGAUUUCAUUCCUAUUUUGCUUGUUGUCUCAAUGAAAUUGUAUUCCCGACAUCCUAUCUGGUUUUUUUUUUUUUUUUGUGUGUAAAAGGUUAUAUAUUGAUUGUAUUAUAUUCUUGUA